UUUCUCUCAACACCUAACCUAUCUAAUUGGCUCGCACAUCGUCAUCGUUGUAAUAUGUAAUGAUUCAGUGAAAGCGUCCGCCAAGCGAAGAAACCUUUCAUAAUCUAAGCAACUGUAUAGUUGGAAAGUCGUUAUUUCCCGUGUAGAAGAUACAGUAUAGCCUUUAUGAUAGGCGAUAAAUUGUGGCGUCACCUGGAAACACGUUUUUUCGUUGGCUCGUCGUUUUCGUCGUGCAAUCGGAUAUUUGAUACAAACGGUAAAGUACGUAAUACGCAGUCACGCGCACUUCGUUACGCGUUCAUCUUACUGGUUAUCAAGUAUACGCUCUUUGGUGGCUCGGUGUGGCGUUUCUGUGAGCGAAAAAAAGAGAGGAACAGACUGAUCAACGUGAAGCUGAUCGACAGAAUGGACACUGGAAUCUCAUAGCAAAAUGACAAUUGAUUCAGACGAACGUGCACGAAUAAAGCGAACGGACGUAUAAUUGAGCGAUCAAGGGAAAAAGUAUUGCGCGAAAUACGUGCAACAAACAAAACGUUGAAGACAGUGCGAAUCAAAAGGCGAGUUACAAUUUUUUUUGCACGAAGAUGAGAUCGGUGAUUUUAUAGAUACACCUAAUGGUGAAAGAUGAGUUGAGAUAUGAUUUAAAUAUAAGAUAUACAACAAAACGAGAAAUAUGUAUGGUGCAGUACGUGAAGAAGUAUCUGAAAGUUGGUUGCAUACGUAUGAUUUGAGCAGUACAAUGAUUCCUAAUGUUAGUUCACCGAUGAACGAUGAAGAGCACUUUUGCAAGUUCAUCUUAUACAAAGAAAUCAAAGAUUCAAGAGUACGAAUAUGGGAUAUUGUCAUAUUGAUACCAAAUCUCUUGUUUCUUUUAUUUAUCGCAGUGAGAUUUAAUAGAGCACGGCUUAAAUUACGAGCAACGAGUAGUCCUAUAUUUUUAGCAUUUUAUGGACUUGUCAUUUGUAACGUAGUGAUUUCAGUAAUAAGAUGUAUUGUUUCAAUGACUGUAAAUGCAGCAGCCACCGUUGGUGGCAAAGCAGACAAAAUAUUGUGGGUAACAGUGAGAUUUUUUUUGUUAUCCACAGAGAUGAGCGUGGUUAUAUUUGGUUUAGCUUUUGGACAUUUGGAUAGUCGCUCAAGUAUUCGUAGGGUAUUACUUGCUACAUCGUUAAUAGCAUUGGCUUUUACCAUAACUCAAGGAACUUUGGAAUUAGUUAUACCAGACGAUACAUUCCAUAUUCCCAGUAGAGAUUUUUAUGUGUUUGGUCAUGGGGGUAUGAUGUUUUGGUUUUGCAGCAGUCUUGUUUUUACAAUGAUAUAUCUUUUUAUAUUAAUACUGCCAUGGACACGGUUACGAGACCGUUUAACCCUUCCAACAAGAAAAAGUUUUUACGUUUACACCGGUACAUUAGCCAUGCUAGACUUAGUACAAUCAAUCGGAGCAGGCUUCUUAAAUUACACGCAAAAUCCCAUAGGAUUAUGUGUCGUGGAUUUUACCGCAGCGGUUUAUUUGACCCUGUUUACACCUUUGGUUUAUCAUACAUUCCUGUCCGAAUUCUUUGGGGUUUCACAACCUUCGAUAAUGUUCUCAUACAAGGCGCAAGUGGACGAUGCAAUGGACGAAGACACGGUGUCGCUGCCGCAUCAACAGAGUUUCUCCUCGUUAAAAACCGACAGCGAUUAUAUUUAUCAGAAUCACAGUGUCUAUGACUCGACCCAAUUCGACACAAAUUCGACACCGGUGAAUCCACUUUACGCGGCGUCUCUCCAGAGCCCGGAUAGCAUAACCGGUUACAGUAUAGACAGUCAAGAAGGCCAAGCCCAGGCAAAUGGUUAUCAACAAUGAAUCGUCAGAUCUGGCGUGGCUCGAUUCACCAGUCAUUCGCAUGGGAUUUCAACGAUCAUUAAGUUCAACCAAUUCGAGUUCAAUUUCAUUGAGAGCGAAAUUACCGCGUGAAAUCCACGUGGAAAACGUGUUCGAAAUCGUUCGAUUCUCUCCCCUCCCCCUCCCCCCCCUUUCCCCCUUUUAAACAACCAAAAACUGGAACGAACGAAUCCAUUGAAAGAAUCUAGUCGUUAUAACGUCGUUUUCUUUUCUUUUUCUUUAUUACUUUUUUCUCUCUCUCUCUGUCCAUUGCGAUAAUGCGAUCAAACAUUCUCGAUUUUUCGAUUUUUAUUUCGCAUCGAAACAAUGUUAUCGCUAUCUAUAAGCUAUUUUUUCAAGAGGCAAAAUAACAACCUCUCGAGUUUUUCGUUUCGCCGAUAAAGCGAACGAAAUUUUCGUACUUAAUUGCGAUAAUUCGUUUCAACAGAGAAGAAGCGUUUUAGGCGAGAAAAGAAAGAAAGAAAGAAAGAAAGGAUUUCAUUGCAUCGACGUGGAAAGCUGGUCAGCGAGCUGCUAAUUUCUCGAGAAGACAGAUUUCAUCGAUUGAAUUCAUCAACUUUUUGACAACUUAUUUUCUCCGUCCUCUUCACCAAAGACAGACUUUCGCGAAAGAUCCGGGCGCAAGAUCCGCUGCGAACGUCCCUCGCUAUUUUCCUACUUUUGCAAUUAAAAGAAGCAUUUUAUGAAACGACGAGCAAGGACAAUAUGGAAGUAUGUGGCUCCCGAAAUGGCGGAUAGUACACUCUCGAGGAUCGAAACACGAAAGAAAGAAAGAAAGAAAGAAAGAAAAAAGCUAGAAUCUAAGACUCCUCGAUGCUCCGCUAAAAACUAUUUACGAGAGACUCCAUCCAUCGUGUAACAUGUAUAUACACCCUGUAUUCUAGUGUAAAGGAUCGUGCUAUUUAUAUACCAAUAUAUUAUAUAUAUAUAUUUAUAUAUAUAUAUAAUAUAUAUAUAUAUAUAAAACGUUAUAUUUAUCGAUAUUAUAUGUCCGUGAACGUGCUAGUUUUGGCAGAGACGAUUAUUGAAUUCAUCUGCCUUUUUUUCAAUUUCAUACGAAUUUCAUUCGAGACAAUGUGGCGAUAAAUAAUAUCCUCUGAAAUUCUGCGUACUAAGAGAAUCAAGAUACGAGCCAUCGACGACGCACCGAUCACUUUUCGAAUCGUUUACCGAAACGUUCUUCUCUUUUACCAUCUCACUUCCCCUCCAUAUCGAUCGUCCAUUUAUCCCCUCUUUAUCUGCCCCCUCCUCUCUCUCGCUGUGAAACGCGAGUCAACGGUUUUUCUACCAUUUGUAAUAUGACUUUUAUGUCCGGUUUUAAACCGAUUUUAUCGUCAUUCGAAAUUCGAGAUGAGAGGUGCUCGCACGAUGGGAUAUACAUAUAUAUAUAUAUAUAUAAUUUUAAAUAACGAUCGCUCCCCCUCUCCCCCCUCCCUCUAGGAUACAUCAUUUGGCGGCUAAGUUUUCUAGCAAUACAUACCCGUGUAUCACUUGUUCGACCGUUUUAUAACUCGAGAUUCAUGGCGAUGAUAUGGACUUUGUGUAAAUAACCCGCGAACGGUUUUUCGAUUAAAGAGAUAUUAGAGAGGAGGCGAAUCUCUGUCAAUUUGCGGUGUCGAUUCACUCGCACGUAUACGCGCGAUUAAUUAAUUGAUUAAAAAGGAAAAAAAGAAGGGAAAAAAAAAACAACCGUUCUAUUAUUCUAUUAUUCAGACGUUCUAAACUAAUCGAUGUCUGACGAUCGGACCACUUUUCUUUUUUUUUUUUUUUUUUCUCAAGUGUCCGAUGGGAUGCGAAAGGCAAUACUUCGGCUCGCGAGUAAACAACACGAUUAUACAUUUAAUGAGAAUAAAAUAACAUUUCAAUCGAA